AUGAAGAGUAUUUCUCAUUUGUGUGUACUUGAUCGUGCACCGAACAUGCAAGCAGUGGUCUCAAAGUUACCAUUCCAUCUACAAGCAAAAUGGAGAGACCUCGUAGCCAAGAUCAGAAGGGACAACGCAAAAAUAGCAAACUUUGAGAACCUCGCCAGUUUUGUCCAAUCGGCUGCUGAUGCUCCAAAUGAUCCAGUGUUUGGGAAAGAAGCUCUCAAUAAAAGCAAAGAAAGCUCCAAGAAAUUUGAUAAAAGAGACAGCAUUCAGUUAAAGAACAAGAACUCUAGUUUUGCAACAAAUCCCACCUUAAUACACGGGGCCGGGUCAGCAAAACCGAUCAUCGUCUGUCCAUUGUGCAACUCCUCUCACGACCUGGACGACUGCCAACUUUUUCUGAAGAAAACCGUCGAGCAAAGAAAAGAAUAUCUCAAGCAGAACAAGAUGUGUUUCGCCUGUUACGAGAAGAAUCACAUUUCAAGAAGCUGUUUACGAAAAAGAAAAUGUAAGAAAUGUAACAAGCCACAUCCAUCUGCUCUUCACGUUGAUGACUUUAAAUUAGAGAAUCAAGUUCGUAAAAGCGAGGAAGAAGUGAAGAAUGCAUGUACCAAAAUGCCCUCCAAUUCUCCAAACGACGUGGUAGUCGUACACGCUAUCAUACCCGUGAAAGUCAAGCCGAAGGGUAGUACCGGAACAGUAACUACUUAUGCUUUCUAUGACAAUGGGAGUGGAGGCUCUUUUCUAACAGAAAAUCUUUGUGAGCAGCUCGGUGUGCAAGGUCAACGUACGAAGUUGCAGCUUGGAACAAUGCUCGAUCGUAAUUUAGUGGACAGUACCAUUGUAGAAGAUCUG